AUGCCCUACCCCCAGGGCAAGGCUGGCUCCAGCAAGAAGGCUGCUAAGAACCCUCUCAUCGAGAAGCGUUCCCGCAACUUCGGUAUCGGCCAGGACAUCCAGCCCAAGCGCAACCUGUCCCGCUUCGUCAAGUGGCCCGAGUAUGUCCGUCUUCAGCGCCAGAAGAAGAUCCUGAACAUGCGCCUGAAGGUUCCUCCUUCCAUCGCUCAGUUCCAGGCUACUCUGGACCGCAACACCGCUGCCCAGACCUUCAAGCUCCUCUCCAAGUACCGCCCUGAGACCAAGGUCGAGAAGAAGGAGCGUCUCGUCCAGGAGGCCACCGCCGUCUCCGAGGGCAAGAAGAAGGAGGAUGUCUCCAAGAAGCCCUACAACGUCAAGUACGGUCUCAACCACGUUGUUGGCCUCGUUGAGAACAAGAAGGCUUCCCUCGUCCUCAUCGCCCACGAUGUUGACCCCAUUGAGCUCGUUGUCUUCCUCCCCGCUCUCUGCCGCAAGAUGGGUGUCCCUUACGCCAUUGUCAAGGGUAAGGCCCGUCUCGGUACCGUCGUCCACAAGAAGACCUCCGCCGUCCUGGCCCUGACCGAGGUUCGCUCCGAGGACAAGACCGAGUUCGCCAAGCUCCUCUCUGCCAUCAAGGAGGGCUACACCGACAAGAACGAGGACACCCGCCGUCACUGGGGUGGUGGUAUCAUGGGCCAGAAGGCCAACGACCGCAUCGCCAAGAAGCAGAAGGCUCUCGAUGCUGCCAUCAAGGUCUAA